UUAACCCACGUGUGUUAAAGUGUUAAAAUACACACAUUAACGAGUAUUUCCGUGAAGUUCAAAAUAACUCCCGUGCAUCAUUUGUGAACGAGGAUUGUUGAUGGUUUGUUUGUCCUUGGGUUGUAUGUCUGUCCAGAGCCUUGUUUGCGGUGUGAAAUAAAACACGCUGCACUUAACAGCACAGCCAAGUUUAAAAUUGUCGUCACCGUUUACAUUUAAAUCCUAUGUAUUUUAAGACAAGCAACAACGGCUCCAAUCCCGCAAAUGACACCGUCUCUGUUCAACUCUAAAGUUCAAGCAUGGAGUAGGAGCACUGGAUAUUCUUUCGGUUGUACGGUAGGCUUAAUGGGUUAAUUUUGUUAGCGCCUGUGAAGGUUCGCCGGUUAGGAAAUAGAUAAUUAUUUCCAAAUGCUUAAUGCUCCUGGUGACGAGAAGUUGGAAUGUCUGGAGUGUCCGCGUGGAAAUAGCUAAUCAUUUUAGAUGCUUUAUGCUUCUAGGGGCGAGGAGUUGAAAUGCCUGGAGUGUCUGCGUCUCCCAUCGCACAGGAAGUGACAGUCAGGAGCGCAAUUGUCUGCCAGAGCCACCGAGCACCUAAAGACCUUCACUGGAAGCCUGUGGACAUGCGGUCGUUCCUCUGGAAACGUUACGCGAGCAAUCCUGGGGACCUCUAUCUCUAUUGUUUCCUUUCUGUCUCGUGCCAAAAGUAAAAUUGGCAGCGUACAAUGUGAUGCAAUGGAAACAGUGGACGCGUCAGAUAAUAAUCUAAAAUAUUCGACGGACACCGAUGUUUUAAAAAAACACAUGUCUGAUAGCAGAGAUGCCACGGGGACGCAAGACGAAUCCAAGUACGCUGAACUGAAUGCUUUACGUGACUUCGAUACAGACUGCGCGAAAACUGUCAACGUUUUUGUCACCGGUGAGGGGAGCCAAAUGGCGAUUCACGAGGACUCGACCACAGAAGAAAAAACUCUUGGGGACAGAGAACUGGCUUGGAAGGUAACUGAUCAAAUCAACAGGGACAGGUUUAAGGACGACAUUAUCGAAAAGGAGUGUGCAAACGGCUAUCUGUCGGGGUUUCUUGGAACCGCCUGCUUUUCCGAGGUUCCUAUUCUGAAUGAAAACAUUAUGGACUCCAUGGAAUCAGAAGACGUUGGUAACGGAGAGGUCCCCGCGGAGCGCAAGCGUAUUUUUUCACCCCGAAAAAAAGGAGACGCCAAAAAUAUACAGGUUGAAGAACUAAAUGAUAAUGAAGAUUCACAAAACACUGACAUGUUAAGCGGACAAAGUGAAUCUGAUGAGGAUGUGAGCUUGGUGCUGUCCAGUGAUUGUGAUGAUAGCGUGCUGUGUCAUACAGAGGAUGAGUCUCAUUACAUAACCACGCACGAAAUCCAGCUAUCGGAGCUGUCCGAUCACGAAGUCGAUUAUGAUAUUGAACAGGAGUGGGAUGAUAACCAGGUCUACUCUUUUGUCGAUUAUGCUGCUUUUGACGGCGAUGUCGCGAUGAUAAGGAUAGAGGAGAGGUUGAAAAGCAAUCAGGGUCAGUCUAAUAGCGGAGCAGCAGUCAGCACUAAGCUGGAAAGUGAUCUCGGCGACGGGGACAAGUGUGCCAUCUCAGAUGAAAGUCUGUCAAAGAACCAGAAGAAUGUUGGGGGGCAGAUCCACCUGUCAAUCAAAACUACUUCCCGGGCUAUAAAUGAGCCUAGCAACGUCCAUGAAAAUGAAAAGAUUCUUUAUCAUGCCAAGCACGCCGCAGACAUGAGUCGCUAUGUUUUUAGAGGAGCAGGUGAUGCAAAUGCGGAGACAUUAUGUGAUAGUGCUAAGUGUUUUAUUGCCGCCCCUGGACGCUUGCACAUUGGUCGCAAAUUAAAAGGGAAAGAUCUAAACGAGUACUCCAGCGGUACGUCCAGCGCAGUCAGUGAACUUGACGACGCAGAUAAGGAAGUGCGAAACCUGACUGCCAGAGCGUUCAAGAGUUUAGCAUACCCAUAUUUUGAUCCCUUCAAAUUCAGCACCUCCAGUGAGUCCUCCGCCUCCGAGCUGGGUGUGAACAGGUGGUCAACUUUUGUUGACCUUAAAUAUGGCAACAUGAACAUGUCGAAGGCACGGGGACCAAAUCGAGUGUCUAAUAAAAGUUCUACGUCAUCCUCUGAAAUUGCUAAUAAAGACAAUAAAGCAUACAAGGGUUUGACACUGGCAACUAAACCGCCCUCAAACAAGCUCUUUGCUUUAAAAGGCGCCAUUUCUGGUCCCUAUAACGCGUCCUCUGCGGCAAAGAAACUUGAGCUUAUGGGAAAAUUUGGGCAGAGGCACAGUGGGGUUAUCACGCUAACAGAGACAUUAAACUUUCGUUGUAACGUCACAUCGGGGCUGUCCGGGAGCGAAAGGCGCUCGAAAUUUGCACAAAAGGCAACAGGAUCACGUUCCAUAGAUGAAAUUACAAACAUCUCGCCAAGCGGCCGGGGGACUGAGGCUAGCAAACAACCAUGUAAUCCAAGGGAGACCAUGGAAGACACACACAAGAAGGCAAUAUUCGCUUCAAGUCUGCUUAAAAAUGUCAUUUCUAAGAAAAUGCAGUUUGAACAAGAGCGCAAAAUGGAGAGGGGGGAGAUACGCGAACCCUACCACGCGCAAUCUCCCUACUUUGUCAAACAGGAGUCUGAAAAUACGCACAGGGAGCAGGAUAAAUCAUCGGGGAAGGCCCCUGAAGAUUUCCAAAGGCAGAGCUCGAAAUACUCUGAGGCGAGUUCUGAUUUAACUAUUGUUUGUGUGGAUGAAUUGGGGGACCUAGUGGAUACAAGCUCCUGUGAUCCCAAGGACGACUCUCGGAGACAAGACACUCUUGCAUCAGAAACUAAUUUGGAGUCGACAAAUGAAGUAGGAUUCGAUACUAAAAAAGGAGCAUUCGAAGCGUCCAAAAGCACGCUGCUUCGAAGCCAAAAUAGCGCAUUCAGAUCCUGGAGGGAUGGUGAGCUAGAGUUUCAAAAGGAACUUAAAAACGAUAAAACUCCUGAGGGGAAACCUUCCUCGUCCGAGCAGAACCAUAAGGAAAUGGACUUGAAAACCAAUUCAGGCAACAGUAAGCUAACCAAAAUGUCACAUUUGUUUGUGCCAAGUAUCCAACUACUCUCCAACGAGAUUGACUUUUCAAAAAAGCUGUCGACUCUGAAUUAUUCGUCCCGCGCGACUGCGGAUCAAGAAGAGGGAAGAAGUAUGAAGUUGCGCACGGACAACGCCCUAUAUGUCGCUGAUCCCAGAAGCGUUGUUACAUCCAAAUCACCGGAAAUUAAAAUCAGUUUACGGAGUGUAAAAGAAAAGAAAGGCGAACCGUUUAACGUUGCAAGGGUGGUGCCACCCAAUAUAGGCAGUAACUCAGUCAGUAUUUUAAAGCCAGGCGACGAGUCCAGAUGCCAAGCGCUCGCCGCUGCGUUGAAGGGUGAGUCCUCCGACAAAAUACCACACUUCACGGUCAGAGACAUAAGAGACCACAGAGGCAAGCUGCAAACACCUAUUCACCAAGUUAGAGACGUGCGUAAAUUGGUUAAAAGUUCUUAUCAUUUUGUUUCUUUAGAUAAUAACGCUUCGGCCGGCGACCUUCACUCCGAUCAAAAGCUUUCCAAACAGGGGUCCUAUAAAAACCUUUCCUCGCUUUCCCCCAUCAUAAUAAAAUAUCAGUCUGUGAAUACCAAUAGCAAUGGGAAUGUGAAGCAAUCUGGAAGUCUAUUAGAGAAUUCUAAAGUUAGGCUCAACGAGGAUUCAUUUGACGUUGACAGGUCAUCACCCCAGCAGGAGGGCGUCAAAAGCGGCCUCCACCGACCAACAGGGAGAGAGACAUUAGGUGAUUCAAAACAACUUAAAUGUGAUUCUGAAGGGCCCAUUGGACUUCCUGUUGGAACCAUAACAACUUCUAAAAAACAGGAGAAAACAUGUGACAUUGGCGACAAGAUAAAACCUGAGUCUAACAUGUCGAAUCUGGCGGCCUUGGAAAAAUUACAGGCUGCUGUCAAAACCAUGGAGCAGUUGUAUGUAUUCGACAGAAAUGAGUGGAAGAGAAAAUCAGAGCCACACUCUAUGUUAUCAGACAGUCACGUGCUCUCACUUAUUUCCAGUGAGCAACAUGGUCCUGAGGAGGGCGGGAAAUUCGCCAGUACCAUGGCGACCAUUCAGACAUCAAACACAGACAAGCUAAUUCACAGAGACUCCGUCACAGGCUCAGAGAAGACCCGUCCUGAAACAACAACCCCAAAACAAGAGGUGAGCGAGCCCCCGAAGAUGCUCAGCAUUCCCUUCAGCCGGGACGUGCCCAAAUCCCUGUCCCAUCAAGUCAGAAUCCCAUCGGGUACCAGGAGUGUAUUUAACAUGAGCUCCAAAGACGCAGGAAACACCUCUGCGAGUAACAGUCGUCAGGCACCGCCACAGGCGCACACUUUAUCACAGUCCCCUUACUGCAAAAGCUUCGGGCCCGUGUGUCCAAACGUCCCCGGGUCGGUGAAAGUCCAGCAGCCGAGUAACUCAGAGGAGCGAGAGAGGGAAAGGGAGGGAGAGCGGCCUGUCCAAUUCAGCGGUGCAUUAGCCGAGCCCCAGAACUACCUCACCAUCCCGGUGAGGCCUCACAUCACUGGCGCCAAGCAAGGUGGCAUGCCCGGUGGCGGAGGGCACGAGAAGACGGACGUUUACACCUUCACCGCCACAGGCGCCAAGCACCAGACGGUGAGCCCGCCUGGGCUCGGUGGGGCCAGGAGGCAGGAAGAGACCCGUCGGUCCCCGCAGAAACACUCCACCGUCUUCAUGGAGACACGAGCCCACGACACGCCAACCGCCACUAUCUAUCACCACAUGCCCACGGGCGUACCUCAAAAUGUGACGUCCGCCCAGCCUCAGGUGUACUGCUUUUCUCCAAACAUCGCCCCACACGCUUUGCCCCAGGUUGACCACUUCCAGCACACACAGAGAAAGAUGCUCUUUGACCCCAGCACGGGGAACUACUACCUGGUGGACACCCCGGUCCAGCCAGCCACCCGACGCCUCUUCGACCCCGAGACGGGACAGUAUGUUGACGUGCCCAUGUCCCAGCAGCCCAUGCCACCCAUGCCCAUGCCACCCAUGCCCAUGCCACCCAUGCCCAUCUCGCCCUUAGCCCUGAGUCCAGGGUCCUAUGCCCCCACCUACAUGAUCUACCCGGGCUUUGUGCCAGCCAUGCCAGCCACGCCCACCCUGUUUCCCAGCAGGAUCCAGUCACAGCUCUCCACGCAGUCGGAGCAGGAAGACGCCGGCGACAAGGGCCGUUCCUCCCAUCCAGACUACAUGGACGGCCCCUACUACGUUGCCACAGGGUCGGGGAAGUCUCCCCAGGCUGGAGGCUCCGUUGUGGGACAGGUGCAGCAGCAAGCCAGGCCGGGGCUCCAGGGCUUCUCCAACGUGAAGCAGCCAGUGAUCAGCAUCUCUUCACAGAUGGGACCCCGCAUCAUCGCCCCACCCUCCUUCGAUGGGACCACCAUGAGCUUUGUGUUGGAGCACAGGUAAAGGGCCUGGCCUGACAUGUGAUGGGCCUGACGCAUCCUGAUGUGUUCUGGGUCCUCCAAAAGCACUACCAGUCAUUCAGGGUGGUCAUCACAGUGCCUGGCGGUUCUGGGUCAUCCACCGUGGUCAUCACAGUGCCUGGCGGUUCUGGGUCAUCCACCGUGGUCAUCACAGUGCCUGGCGGUUCUGGGUCAUCCACCGUGGUCAUCACAGUGCCUGGCGGUUCUGGGUCAUCCACCGUGGUCAUCACAGUGCCUGGCGGUUCUGGGUCAUCCACCGUGGUCAUCCACCGUGGUCAUCACAGUGCCUGGCGGUUCUGGGUCAUCCACCGUGGUCAUCACAGUGCCUGGCGGUUCUGGGUCAUCCACCGUGGUCAUCACAGUGCCUGGCGGUUCUGGGUCAUCCAUCGGGGUCAUCACAGUGCCUGGCGGUUCUGGGUCAUCCAUCGGGGUCAUCACAGUGCCUGGCGGUUCUGGGUCAUCCAUCGGGGUCAUCACAGUGCCUGGCGGUUCUGGGUCAUCCAUCGGGGUCAUCACAGUGCUUUGGGUUGAAUUCAUUACAGACACCUCAAAAGUUGUAUUGCAUCUUCUGUCUUUUAACGGAAUAGAAUUGUGGAGCGAUCUGUGCCAAAAUCAAUAGUUUUGUCAGCCAAAAUGAAUAACGACACAGUCACAAGCUUUUAUGCUCAUAAUUUACUAUCUCCUUUCUCUAAGAAUAAUACCCAUUGCUUAUGUUUGACUGUUUUGUUGUCAUUUUUCAAUGUAGAAUACAAUAUCCAGUGUUUAAUGGAUGUGUUUUUGUUGUUGUUGUUUUUUACCCUGUGCUGUAUAUUUUGUUGAUUUAGAUUUUUGUGAUGUCUUAGUGCAGUGUUGAUUCAAUGCAAUAUAACCUCAUGCUGUUGUCUGACAGACAUGGUCAUGAUAAUCAAUUAAAUCAUGCUUUUUAUGCUUUA